GUAAACAACACCGCCAAUUCUUCGCCGGCGACGGUAACAAGUGAUCUAAGUUUCUGUAGUAAUGGCGGAAGUUGCUGUAAUGUCUGUAUUGGACAAACUAUCAAAGUUGAUUAGUGAAAAGCACUCAGUCUUGGGAGGGAUUCUAGAAGAUGCGAUAGUCAUCAAGGAUCAUUUGGAUGGUCUAAUGGCAAGGGCUUUGAGAGUUGCCGACGAGAAGGAAGAAAUUGAUCCUCGAGUUCAAGCUUGGCUGAAGUUAGUCCUGGAGGUGGUUUAUAACACCGAAGAUGCUCUUGACGAGUUCUUUUUCCGCUUUGGAGCUCACCGGACCAGUGGAGAAUUCUACAUUAAGAUCCAGAACAGAUACACUCCCGUCAAGAACUUGAGAGCUUGGCAAAGGCUUGCUCUUGAACUGCGAAGGAUCAAGGCCAGAUUCGACUUCAUCUCUCAGGAAGUGCUAAGGUUGAUGAUAAGCUCUGAUUCCACUGACCACAACUACAAUAAACGGCGGUAUGAUUACCAAUGGGGUGCCGUUUCUCUACAAGGGUGGGAUUUGGUAGGUAUUGAAGAUCCCAAGCAUUUUCUUGUUAACCUCUUACUUGCUGUCGAUGAUGAUUUAAGGGUCCAUUCUGUGGUGGGCAUGGGGGGAUUGGGAAAGACUACUUUGGUUAAUACGGUUUAUUUUGAUCUUAAAGUGAACGCUCAUUUUCAGUAUCGUGUGUGGGUUGUAGUUUCUCAAACAUUUAGGAUUGAGGAGUUGCUAAAAAGUGCAAUUAGGCAACUAGUGAAGCAAACUAAGCAAGAUCCCAUUCAAGAUUUUGAAGCCAUGAACUCUUCUCAACUAAAAGAAUUCAUUAAGAACAUUCUUUAUGGCCAUAGAUACAUCAUUGUUCUUGAUGACAUUUGGAGCCUUGAUGUUUGGACGGAUAUCAAGGAUUCUUUUCCUACACAGAGUUUUGGUAGCCGUAUAGUUAUCACAACCAGAAAUAGCAGAAUUGGUGCCCUCACAAGCGAUGACACCAAUGGUGUUGUCUACUCUUUAAAGUCAUUGUCUCGUGAAGAUUCAUGGACUUUGUUUUGCAAAAAGACUUUCAGACGUGGUUCAUGUCCUCAACACUUGGUGCGCAUUUCAGAAGACAUCUUAAUGAGUUGCGUGGGUCUACCCUUAGCGAUUGUGGAAAUUGCAGGGGUUUUGUCUACAAUGGAACAGAGCAUCCAAACAUGGAAAAGAUUCCAGGACUCCCUAUUUGAAAAAAUUGUCUAUACGAAGAAUACACUUUCCCUCAGUUAUUAUGAUUUACCAUACUAUCUCAAGUCCUGUUUCUUGUAUUUGAGUGUCUUUCGAGAGGAUGAAAUCAUUGAGAAAGCAAAAGUGAUUCGAUUAUGGAUUGGAGAAGGAUUUGUUAGGGAGAAUAAUCUACAACCAAUAAAAGAAGAAGUUGCUGAGGGCUAUCUCAAUGAACUACUUCAUCGAAACUUAAUAAUCCAAAUGGAACAGAAGACUUCUGUGGGAAGGAUUAAGAGCAUUCGAUUACACACCAUUUUACGAGAAAUAAUUCUUUCCAAGUCAGAAUUAGUGCUAAACAGUGCAAUCAUUGCCACUGGACAACACAGAAAAUUGUCCAGCAGGAUUCGACACCUAGCACUCGACAGAUUUGAUGAGAACAUUCUAAGGGAGAGUUUAUCAAAAAGGCAUCUUCGUUCUUUACUGAUCUUUACACAUGAGGUGGUUUCUUCAUUACCAGAGCUGUUGACUUCCGAUUACAUCCCUCUGGGGGUGUUAGAUUUGGAAGGUGUUAAACUGAAAGAAAUUCCAAAGGGAGUUUUCAACUUGAUUAAUUUGAAGUAUUUGAGUUUGAGGUCCACAGGGUUGAGAAACAUUCCUAAAUCCAUUGGAUCUCUUCAAAACUUAGAGAUACUUGAUCUAAAGUACACUAAUGUGAUGGAGUUGCCUGUUGAGACCAUAAAACUUCAUAAACUCUGGCAUCUCAUUGUGGGCUAUCAUUGGACAGGUGGUUUUAGUGCUCCUUUUAACAUCGGGAAAUUGUUGUCUUUACAGAAGUUGUGUUAUAUACGAGCAAACGAAACUGAUGGCAUCAAAGUGGUGUCUGAGAUAGGGAAACUAACACGACUACGCAAGUUUGGAGUUGGAAUGUUGAGACAAGAAGAUGGCAAAGAAUUAUGUUCAUCACUGGAAAAAUUGAUAAAUCUUUGCUCUUUAAGUCUUAAAGCCAGGAUAAAUGAGAUCCUUGGUAUCCAACAUUCUUUAUCCACAGUUCCCCUUUGUCUUCAUACCUUAAAAUUGGAUGGACGUCUUGAGAGGAUCCCUCAAUGGUUUUCUUCACUUGUAAGGCUUACUAAACUAUGCUUGUGUCGAAGUAGUCUUCCUGAAGAUCCAUUGGGGCUUCUCCAAGAUUUGCCCAUGUUAGCACAUCUUGAUCUUUAUGAGUCUUAUAAUGGGGAAGGGUUGUGUUUCAAGGCCGAGAAGUUCCCAAAGCUCAAGUUUUUGCGUAUUCGAAGCUUCACAGUGCUGAAAUCAGUAGAGGUGGAGGAAGCUGCAAUGCCCCUUCUUGAAAAGCUCCAUAUUGCUGAUUGCAAAUUGUUUGAACAGGUACCUCUUGGUAUUCAUCAUUUGUCUAAACUUAAGUCAGUUGUAUUUAUUGGUUUGGCUGAUGAAUUGAUGCUUAGUUUAGAUCAAAAUGGUGAAAACUACACAAAAAUAUCUCACAUUCCUCACAAAUUUGUAAAUAAUGGUGUGAUAGCUUAGUGCAGUUUCUUAAUAUAAUUGUCAGGAAUGUAGCAUGUGUAAAUGUCAUUGUAUGUAUAUAUGCACUUUGUAUUCAUAAUGAGGCAGUUGUAUUGUAAUUGAA